CCUUUGCAUCGAUCGGGGCCUGUAGAUACAAAGCCCGCAUUGCCGGGCCUCUGCACACCUUUGUGACUGCUUCGUUCAUCGUAUCCGCUGCUAAUCCCGCAGUUUCAGGCUCCGUUCAUACUGGGACUCAGUCAUAGAAGCGGCUCAUUCUCCCACGGUUCGCUGUGGCCUCGAUGAUUUUGUUUGAACACCAGCGUCAUGACCAGAAUACACCAUGCGCGUCCGCAAUAUGCGCCACAGCGCAGCGGCAUGCUUGAUCAGCCGCGCGCCGUCGCCAAGAAGAAGAAGCCGUACAAGAUUGUGCUUGAAGCCGUCACGCAAGAGAAGAAGAAGCUGCACUCCAUCCUGACAUAUGCCUCCAACGCGCCCGCUGGCUUCGGCUUCAUUCCGGCUGGCCAUCCCGAGUUUACGGAAUGGUGCAAGGAGCAGUGCCGCCAGCGCAACCUCGACGUACACAUUGUUUCGGCCAAGCCCAAGAACAAGAUGCACUCCGACCCGGAGAAGCUGUCGCACCAUGUCCACCGAGUUGGGCAUCAUUUCCCCCUGCAAAUCAUCGACCUCGCCUGUAGCAAGUUCGGUUAUACAUAUGAUGAAAAUCACGGCCUUCGCAAAGCCAAGGACGGUGACAGGACCAACUGGAUUGCCAGGCGCUUCGAGGACUACUCUUCGCGCCAGGUCAAACAGGGAGGUCCUGCCACGGACAAGGAGACCAAGGGCUACAUCCAUGGCGCUGUCCGAGAAAUGUUUCCCAAGAUUCCCGACGACGACUUGCAAGCCAUCGUUACCCAUGCAUUCGAGGAAGGGACAAACCGGGUAGGUAAUGCCAAAGAACUGUCUUUGGCUCGUAGAGUGCAGCUUGCAGUUGUCGCACAUAUUCGCCACACAUACACAGAUUACGACAAGCUGCUCAAAAGCGGCGGCUGGAUGGAAGCUCGAUCCAAGGUCGAGAGCGUCUCGCUUGCUAAGCUUAAAGAGUGGCGCGACGAAGCCGGCGAGCAAAGCCAUGAGCUGGAAGAGACCUUUCGUGAAGUCAUUGUGCUUGAUGACGACGAAGAGGCCAGCAGCGAAGAGGGUUCCACAUCCACGCCUGAUGAACGUGAACAAAGCAUGGAAAUUGUUUCUAGUCGUGCUACCGCGCGCGAUUUGCAACCUGAACUUCAUGCUAACUACCCACGUAAUGACCUGAGAGGAGUGCCAAGAAGAACCAUUGUUCUUCAGCGCCACCCUGUACCUUCACGAUCAGGUCCCAUGCCCCUCCUUUCGCAUGUCCAGCCGUUCUCACAGCAACCACCGCCUCCACCUGUGCGAGCAUCACUAAACUCUGAACCACGCCUAGGACCCCAUGCCGAUGCAUAUCGCUACAGCAUGAACCAUGUGCACGAUAAACGAGCAAGGCUGGCUGAGCCUAUCGUGCAAGAAAUUAACGGUCGCCUGUAUAAACUACAACCGAUACAAGAACCAAGAGAUGACCACGUGCGGCAAUAUGAUCGGCCACCGCCUCCCCCGCCUCAACACGUGCGAGAAUCAAGUAUACGUCCCGCACCUUAUCGGUCUAGUACAUACGAAAGACCGUUCAUCAACAAGAGAAACCCGUCUGAUCAAGAUGUGGUGCUCCCUUCUGUUGAGCAUCAGACAGUUGAUCUGACUUCACCACGACGUAAUAUGAACAGAAAUCAAACAUUGCAGGGCCACAACGCGCCAGAUAGGCACUACAACGAGGUACAGUCACCAAAGCGUAAGCCUUUUGAUUCUUUCGCCGAUGGAAGAGAUCCCCAGGCGGAGCAGUAUCCCAAACGCCAGAGGCCCAUGUACCAUGAAGACGUCCAUUCUGCGACCUAUCACAACGGACCGCCUGAACCGCAUCUGAGCCAGCGAAUUGGUCCCCCCAGCAUUCUACGGCCACCGCCUCCAGAGCAUGUUAUUGAUCUAACCAGCAGCCCCUAUGACCCUCCCAAUGGUGGCAGAGGUCAUUAUGCACCUCCACGACCCGUUGCAGAUGCCGACCCUCGUGGAUACGUGUAUGCUCCUGCUGCGCCCCACCGACUGCCUGCGCGCGAUGUGAGAGGGCCACACUAUGAAGUACCAGCUAAUGAGCCAUCUCAUGCUUAUGUGCGUAGCGCCAGGGCUUAUGAAAGUCGCGCUCCUCCAGCCUAUGAUUACAUUCCAUUACCCGGCGGACGCCAGCCCCCUCGGAUAGAGGAAGAGAGUCUGCGAUACUCAAGAACCGGAGUACGAUACGGCGGUUGAAUUGCUUUGACUUGCAUCCAGCAUAGUGGCGGAGUUACUUGGUUUUUCCUACGGACGAUACCCCUUGGCAUGUUUUUUUUCUGUCACGCAUCUCGGAGAGCAUGUGUUCCUCUUUUCUCGCUCGUUGCAUAGCGAUAUGCGCGUUCGGCGUCCUGCCUCAUUCCAUAGCAUGGUCGGAGUCUGUUCUGUCGCACAACGUCAUUGGACAUAUUCCAAUGACGAUGCGAUAUAUGAAGAGGAGGAAUUCAACAUUGACCAUCGCCGACAGAGCCGAAGCUCAUUCAGAUGGGGGGACAUGGCUACAUAGUCAGAUAUCACGAGAGUACCAGAAGGUAUUCGGGCGAAAUAUCACGAC